AUGAGCCCGGAAGCUUGGCUCCUGCAGCCCACCUUGUUCCUCACUGGCCUCAGCUUGCUCCUCUCGCUGGACGGAGUGGAUUAGCCAGUGAAGCAGCCUUGACACGUAUCCAGCUUGGCCACAGGGCUGGACUCAGGAGCACCUCAGGAAGAAGGUUUGAGAGCAAAGAGCAGCAGCCAAAGGGGAGAGGUGAGGCGACUGGAAAAGCACCUGCUGCCAGUGUCACUGUCCCUGCCCUGGGGGGUGCCAGGUUACAGUCUCGUCCCUCACAGCAGUCCUUCCAGGGCUCUCCGUCACUCUGCUUCUUGGGGCUUAGCCUUAGAGUUUGCAGUUAGUUGGCUGCACAGGAGCCUGUCUCGGCGUGCGCACCCUCCCCUUUGCAGGCUGGGGGGAACAUGCUGGAUGCAGGCGCUGGGUUUCGAGUGCUGCCGGGGCAGCCAGCAGACUAGGGGAGCUGCAGGAAAGGAGUGGAAGAGGGAGCAGAGCACAGACACCUCAUCCCUGCCCAUGCCCCAGCGCCCACAGGAUUGGGCAUGGAGGUCAUGGCUCCCGCCACCAUCAAUGCCUUGAAUGGCUCCUCCGUGAAGCUCUCCUGCACCUUCAACUCCUGCUACAAGGUGGAGAACAAACAGUUCUCCCUCAACUGGACGUACCAGGAGUGCAGGAACUGCUCUGAGGAACUGUUCCUGCAGUUCCGGAUGAAGAUCAUGAAUAAGCAGCUGGACCGCUUUGGGAACCGGGUGGAGUUCACCGGGAACCCCACCAAGUACGACGUGUCCUUCACCCUCAAAAAUGUGCAGCUGGAGGAUGAGGGCACCUACAAUUGCUAUGUCCUGAACCCCCCAGACCGGCAGCGGGGCCACGCCAGCAUCAGCCUGAAGGUGCUUACCAAAGAGCCCCCGAAGCACGACUCAACAGUGGCUGUCAUCGUGGGCGCCUCUGUAGGUGGUUUCUUGGCCGUGGUGAUCCUGGUGCUGAUGGUGGUGAAAUGUGUGCGGCGGAAAAAGCAGCAGAGGCUGAACACGGACGACCAGAAGACGGAGGAGGAAGGGAAGACAGACGGCGAAGGCAACCCGGACGAGGGCACCAAGUAACGCCCCCCUGCCUGCCCCUCCCUCUUCACCCCUGUACAGCGUGACCCCCUUGAUGUGCUUCCCAGAGCAAGGAUUUCUGUCUCCCCAGAGCAUCCCUCCUUCCAUCUAAAUACCCAACCCGGCCUGGAGCAGGGCACGGAGAGAAGAAGGUCCCCGGAGCCUGGCCGCAGCAGGCAGGGCUGGGGAGGGUGGCUGAAGCGCAUUGAGGCUGCCCCGAG